CGGAUGGGAAGGCGGGGCGUGUGCUACCGCCAGGGGCGGGGCGGCGCGGGCGGGCCGGCCGGGCUGUGCACCUGCGCCUCGGCGGGCCGCCUGGGGCACCGUCCCCGGCCCGCCCGGCCCCGCCAUGGCCCGGCCGCAGAGGACUCCGGCGCGCAGUCCCGAUAGCAUCGUCGAGGUGAAGAGCAAAUUUGACGCCGAGUUCCGACGCUUCGCGCUGCCUCGCGCUUCGGUGAGCGGCUUCCAGGAGUUCUCGCGGUUGCUGCGGGCGGUGCACCAGAUCCCGGGCCUGGACGUGCUACUUGGCUAUACGGAUGCUCAUGGCGACCUGCUGCCCCUCACCAACGACGACAGCCUGCACCGGGCCCUGGCCAGCGGGCCCCCGCCACUGCGCCUACUGGUGCAGAAGCGGGAAGCUGACUCCAGCGGCCUGGCUUUUGCCUCCAACUCUCUGCAGCGGCGCAAGAAAGGGCUCUUGCUGCGGCCAGUGGCACCCCUGCGCACCCGGCCACCCUUGCUAAUCAGCCUGCCCCAAGAUUUCCGCCAGGUUUCCUCAGUCAUAGACGUGGACCUACUGCCUGAGACCCACCGACGGGUGCGGCUGCACAAGCAUGGUUCAGACCGCCCCCUGGGCUUCUACAUCCGAGAUGGCAUGAGCGUGCGUGUGGCUCCCCAGGGCCUGGAGCGGGUUCCAGGAAUCUUCAUCUCCCGCCUGGUACGUGGGGGUCUGGCUGAGAGUACAGGGCUGCUGGCGGUCAGUGAUGAGAUCCUCGAGGUCAAUGGCAUUGAAGUAGCCGGGAAGACCUUGGACCAAGUGACGGACAUGAUGGUUGCCAACAGCCAUAACCUCAUUGUCACUGUCAAGCCCGCCAACCAGCGCAAUAACGUGGUGCGAGGGGCAUCUGGGCGUUUGACAGGUCCUCCCUCUGCAGGGCCUGGGCCUGCUGAGCCUGAUAGUGACGAUGACAGCAGUGACCUGGUCAUUGAGAACCGCCAGCCUCCCAGUUCCAAUGGGCUGUCUCAGGGGCCCCCGUGCUGGGACCUGCACCCUGGCUGCCGACAUCCUGGUACCCGCAGCUCUCUGCCCUCCCUGGAUGACCAGGAGCAGGCCAGUUCUGGCUGGGGGAGUCGCAUUCGAGGAGAUGGUAGUGGCUUCAGCCUCUGACAGUCAGGAUGAAGCCCCAUGCCACUCCACACUGCUGGGACAUGGCAGGGACUUCACAGUGGGGGUUUUUAGCUGGCUCACAGGGCUCCCUCAGCCUGGGGAACAUUAAAGGUUUUCUACAAAUACA